UCUUAUUCCGCUGCUUUCCCGUGGCAAUCGUUCCACAAGUUGCUCCGCGUUUUCAUCCUUGAUCCUUACGUGAGCCUCGCGGAGAUUUCUUCUCGCGACGGCGAAACCGUUCGAGUCGACCAGCUAGUCAGAGGCAGGCGUCAACUACUUGUCCCCUCGAUUUCCUGACACUCGUGAUCUUUCCAUAGAAGAAUGGCGCUCGUGACGAGUUACUGGGUCCUGGACGGUAUGAUACUGCUGACGGCUGUCAUAGUGGCUGCUUAUCUCUACAUGACCCGCAACUUCAAGUACUGGAAGAAACGCGGUGUUCUGGAAAUAACACCGGUGCCGUUCGUAGGCAACUUCACGGAAUGCAUGCUCAUGCAGAAGAAUCCGGGAUACUUCAUGAAGGAUCUCUACGAAUACGGCAAAGGGACGCCUUACAUAGGCUUUUACGUUUUCGACACGCCGUGCCUGCUGGUGCGCGAUCGUGAGCUCGUCAAGAACGUCUUGGUGAAGGAUUUCAAUUAUUUCUACGACCGACACGGCACGCCGGACACGAACGAUCGGCUGGGCUACGCUAAUCUCUUCUUCAUCAGAAAUCCUGCUUGGAAAGUUCUCAGGACGAAAUUAACGCCAGUUUUCACGUCCGGCAAGCUGAAAAAAAUGUUCGAACUGAUGCUGGAGUGUGCUGAUAAUUUAGACAUAUAUAUCAACUCGUUGGGAUUGGAGGAUAAUUCAAAAACGUUGGAUGUGAAGGAACUAAUCGCCAAGUUCACCACGGACGUGAUUGGAAGCACCGCUUAUGGGCUCAACGUGAAUUCCUUGAACAACCCGGAUGCCGAGUUCCGAAAACACGGCAAGAAGAUCUUCCAAUACGACUUUGUGCGCAGCUUUGAGAUACUCGCGGUGUUUUUCCUACCGACCAUAGUUCGUUUGGCCGGCAUACACAUGUUCGGUAAGGAAAGUUCCAAUUUUCUGCGCAAGGCUUUCUGGGAGACGAUGCUGCAACGCAUGCAGUCCGGCCAGAAGAGAAACGAUCUGAUCGAUGCUCUCAUUGAGCUGAAGAAAACUCACAGCGACCAAAAUCUGGAGGGAUUCAAAUUCGAUGGAGAUGACUUAGUGGCGCAAGCAGCAGUCUUCUUCGCAGCCGGUUUCGAGACCUCCUCUACGGUAACAGCUUUUACAUUGUACGAGCUCGCCAUACACCCUGAAAUUCAAACCAGACUACGGAAGGAAAUCGUCAACGCGCUCAAAGAAUCCAAUGGAGACAUCUCGUAUGAUAUGACUAUGUCGUUACCGUAUCUUGACAUGGUGGUCUCGGAAACGUUGAGGAAGUAUCCGACGCUGCCGUUCUUGGACCGCAGGACAAUGGACACUUACAAAGUGCCAAACUCCGAUCUCGUCAUCGAGAAGGGCACGCCGAUCUACAUCUCGAUGCUCGGCAUGCACUAUGAUCCGGAAUACUUCCCUGAUCCCGAGAAGUACGAUCCGGAACGAUUCAACGAGAAGAACAAGCGCAACAUACCGGGGGGCGUCUACUUCCCGUUCGGUGAAGGUCCGCGCUCAUGUAUAGGCACUCGCUUCGGGCUUCUGACGACAAAACUGGCGCUCAUCAAGAUUUUCAGCAAGUGCGAGGUGAUACCGAGCGAGAAAACCAUGAUACCGAUGAUACUCGACCCGAAAGCCGCCUUCGCGUCGCCGUUGGGCGGCAAGAUACAACUCAACAUUCAGAAAGUCAGUGCUAACUAAGACUCAAUAGUGCAAUCGUUUUUAUCGUCUUAACAUAUAGCUCUUAAGAUAUCGUCUAGUGUUUUAAGCGUACGAUAUCCAUCGUAUGAAUUUGUAAUGACUAAUUGGGAAAUAUAUUUGAUAUUUGGCUGUGUAAA